UAGUAACAACAAACCCUUGCUAUCAGUCUCAGUCUUCAACUCUUCCACUCUCUUUCUCUGAGAGCUUCCACCAACUAAGAGAGAGAAAGCCAAGGAUCGAAGACGGGUAUGGCCUUGACGUAAUCUCUCUCUCUCUCUCUCUCUCUCUCAAAAUGAAGGGCGGCCCAAAGCUGAUCGUUCUCCACCCUGCAAUCAACAAGCACGGCGGAGCCUCCCACCGCCUCUGGCUUCUCGCCUUCCUCGCCUUCUUCACUUUCGCCUUCCUUUUCACUCUCAUCACCACCAGAGACGCCGCCGCCGCCGCCGCCGCUACCGCCUCCGUCACUUCUUCCGCCUCGCCGCUCCCCAAGCCCGUCUUCGAUGCCCUCCUCCACUACGCCGCCGCCUCCAACACCACCGGCCGGCUGUCCUCCGCCGAGCUCAAGUCCAUCGCCGCCGUCCUCCGCCGCUGCCCCUCCACUCCCUGCAACUUCCUCGUCUUCGGCCUAACCCACGAGACUCUCCUCUGGAACUCCCUCAACCACCGCGGUCGAACCGUGUUCGUCGACGAGAGCUCGUUCCUGGUCGCCAAACUCGAAGAGAAGCAUCCGGAGAUCGAAGCCUACGACCUCCAAUUCACCACCAGAGUCAGCGAUCUCUACGGCCUCGUCGACCACGCCAGAGAGGAGAUCAAAACCGAGUGCCGGCCGGUGCAGAAUCUCCUCUUCUCCGACUGCAAGCUCGCCAUCAACGACCUCCCGAACCACAUCUACGAACUGUCGUGGGACGUGAUUCUGGUGGACGGCCCCCGCGGAUACUUCGCGGCGGCGCCGGGGAGGAUGGCUGCGAUAUUCACCGCCGGCGUGCUGGCGAGGAGCAAGCGGGCCGGCGCGGCCAAGACUCACGUGUUCGUGCACGAGUUCGACCGGGAAGUGGAGAGAGUUUGCAGCGACGAGUUCUUGUGCAGAGAUAACUUGAUUGAGACCAAUGACUCCUUGGCUCAUUUCGUGCUGGAAAAGGGGGAUCCAAAUAGCUUUGAAUUCUGCCCUAAUUCGUCGUCGUCGUCGUCGCCAUUAUCAUUGGCAGAUGAUUAGAAGCAGGACUGUGAUUAAUUACUUAUGAGUCUGUGACGCAAUGCGUUUUUCUCUUUCUCAAAAUUUACAGUAUAAAUAUGUAAUUUUUAUAUAGGCUUUUGAUUAUUGAGAGCAUGUGCGACGAUGGGUAAA